GGGCCGGGUCAGCGAGGCCCGCAGAACCGAAGGGUGAGCGCCGUUGAGCGCACGCUCAGAGCAGACAGCUGGAAGCAGGAAGGACGGACAGCCUAAGACACGGGGGCUGACCGGCAAAGGGAGGGAAAGGUGGUCCAGCAAACCAGUCAGGCCAAGCACGCGAGGCGACUGCAAGGAGAGUCCACGGCCCGCAGCCGCCGAAGCAGCCCUCCACCUUAUGCGCGGCCGCAGAGCAGGCGGGCGGGCGAGCGAGGACGCGCCUGAUACUGCGCGCUGGCCCCGCUGGGGCGCAGGGCUGUCAUGUCCCGCGAGCGGCCUCCGCGCACCGAUAUCCCUCGCAACCUGAGCUUUAUAGCCGCGCUGACCGAGCGCGCCUACUACCGCAGCCAGCGGCCCAGCCUCGAGGAGGAGUCGGAGGAGGAGCCGGGGGAGGGCGGGACCCGGCCCGGUGCCCGCUCGCGGGCUCACGUGCGGGAUCGGGGGCGCAGGGCCCGCUCUGCGCCCGCAGGUGGCAGCGGGGCACGGGCAGCCCGCAGCCGCAGCCCUGACACUCGCAAGCGAGUGCGUUUCGCCGACGCGCUGGGGCUGGAGCUGGCCGUGGUACGCCGCUUCCGCCCGGGAGAACCGCCCCGGGUGCCCCGCCACGUGCAGGUGCAACUGCAGAGGGACGCCCUGCGCCACUUCGCGCCGUGCCCGCCGCGCGCUCGCGGCCUCCAGGAAGCGCGCGCCGCCCUGGAGCCCGCCCGCGAGCCCGGCUUCGCCGCCCGGCUGCAGGCGCAGCGCAUCUGCCUGGAGCGCGCGGACGCGGGCCCUCUGGGCGUGGCCGGGAGCGCGCGCGUGCUGGACCUGGCCUACGAGAAGCGCGUGAGCGUGCGCUGGAGCGCGGACGGCUGGCGCAGCCUGCGGGAGUCGCCCGCCGCCUACGCCGGCCCGGCCCCGGCCCCACCGCGGGCUGACCGCUUCUCCUUCCGCCUGCCGGCGCCUCCGGUCGGCGGCGCUCUGCUCUUCGCCCUGCGCUACCGUGUGAUCGGCCGCGAGUUCUGGGACAACAACGGCGGCCGUGAUUACGCACUACUUGGGCCCGAGCAUCCUGGUGGUGCCGGAGCCGCGGAGACCCAGGGCUGGAUCCAUUUUAUUUGAGACUAGGCUCCUGCCAGCCACAGCAGGGAAAACACGGGGGCACCCAGGCGUGGGGGGGAGGGCUGUGGCGCCAGGAACCCGGGGACCACAAUUGGCAGGUGGGUGGAGAGUCGUCCCAGAGAGUCAAGCGGAGGUGGCUGGAAACCGUCUGCGAAGCUCAGAGAGAUUAGGGUGGGAAACGGCAGGUGGGUGUAAGUGGAAGGAACUCAAGGAAUUUGAGAAAGGAGGCCAGAAGGGAUCUGAGAAGUUGUGUCCCCCUUGGACGGAUUGAGCAUUACAGACUGAGCAACCUUGACGUGAGAAGUCGUUCGGAUUGCUUCCCUCUUACUGGCCUUACCAUCUUCAGGUCCCCAUGUCCUGCCCAUCCUAGCUUUAUCUGAGCCGAAAUUGCCUUGCUUAACCCCAGGAAUUUGACUAUUGCCCCCUGGGCCCUGGCAGUUGGACAGGAUUCGCUUGAUUCUCAGCAGUUCUUCGGCCUUCAAGGAGAGAGAGUCCUUCAGCCACCGCGCAAGCCUCAUAAGGAAUAUAGCUGGUGGCAAAACUAACUCCGGGCCUGCCCUUUUUUAUAAUAGCCAAAUAAUGGGGCAUCUGAGGGGCUGCAUAGUCAGGCUUCCAGAAAAAUGAAUGCCAGCCUUACUUUUCUGGGUGCCUUCUUAGACCUGGAAGCACUUUAUGGACUUUGUCAAGGGACAGCGAAUCAUGAAAAUCACUGCUGAUUUAUUCUUUGUGCCUCUGAAAAAGAGGAAACUACCGAUUAUCUGUAUGGUUGAGCAGGUUAUUUUAUCUUUUGGGGCUCCAGGUUGCUCUGUGAGAAAUUGGAUUUGAGCUAGGUGGCCCUUUAAGGCUACCUUUGUUUGUUUUCGGACAAGGUCUCUAACCCAGGCUGGCUCCAACUCGCAGCCCUCCUGCCCUAGCCUCUGCUGUGCUGGGGUUAUUGGUGUGAGCCACUAUGCUCUUCGGGCUCUGUUUUGGUGUUUUAUAAUCUGUUCCUGGCACAGUACAGGUUAGAAACUGUAUUCUGCAAUACAGUUUCUAGUGCUAUAGUUAAAGCCCCCACAGCAAGCCAGGUAUCGUGGCACACACAGGGAGUGUUGAGUUUGAGGCCAACCAGGUAAUAUGAUGGCAGCCUGGACUACAUGAGACUGUUUUGGAAAAUUAAAAGAAGAAACAAGGCUUACCUAGCACAGUGAGCCAGUGUUUGGAUAUAAGAUGAGGAUAGUUUCUUCCUUCCUUCCUUCCUUCCUUCCUUCCUUCCUUCCUUCCUUCCUUCCUUCCUUCCUUCUUUCCUUCCUUCUUGUGUGUAGGGGCAUGGAUGAUCCAGGACACAGGAAGCAUAACCAGCCCAUAGCCUCAGCGCCUUCUGUAGCAGCCAAGCCAUAGCUCACCCUAUGCCAUUUGGUUUUUGCACUUAAACCCCACAGACUUCUAGUUCUAGCCUGGGUCCCCUGAGAAAAUGGAGCAGAGCGUUGCUGUUAGGGAGAGUGAUGCAUGGGAGCCCCAGAAUGAAACAACGUUGUAACGCUGGAGAGUAUGGGUAUAAGAAAUAGAAAACAAAAAUGAGAGCAGUUUGAGAAGUAAAUGGCACCAGAAGGUGACAGUUGGAUCCAUAUUCUGAGCCAAUGACAUGGAAAACCUGGAGUCUAAUGUAAUACUCACCCACCUUCGCACCUCGUGCCCUUCCUAGGGAGGCUCUAGGUGAGAGUCGGGUGCUGCUGGUUUUCCUUUCCUUGUCUUUCUCCCU